AUGUCGGCACCGACAUCCGAGCCUCCCACUUCGGUUGUUUCAUCUGAGGCCACUUCCACGACUACGGCUGCUAUCAACACACCCCCCGCCGCAACUACCGCAACCACGACAACUUCCGCGGGAACCACCGAACCCCCACCACUAUAUCAAGGUAGGUUUCUGUAGAUCUUGAAGUAAUCUUAUGGGAGGGUCUUUUAUGUUUAUGUUGUGUUUCUUCCUUGUUUUACGUUUAUAUUGUAGUAGUUUGUUUAUGUUAAUAUUAAGAACUAUGCCAUUUUAGAAAAGAUGACGAGUCCUCCAGCCCAAGACCCGUCCUGGUUCUCGGCCUUCACCGGCGGCCAAGCCAACCCCGCCUCCACCCCCACCGGCGACAACAACAUGAAUGCCCAGCCCAACGUCGGCUUUUCAGCCCAAUCCGCCUUAGGCUAUCUCGGCGAACGGCGAAAGAACCUGCGCGGAUGGGCCGAAUUCUUCAAAACUUCCAAGUUCGGCCUUCCAGCCGGCCCAUCAGCGUUGGCUCCGCGGCUCCAAACCAAUUUGGGCUACUUCUUCAGCAACUACUUGUGCAUCUUCAUCUUGUUGCUGGUCUACUGCAUUCUGACCUCGUUCGUCAUGUUGUUGGCGUUGAUCGCAAUGGGAGGGUUGAUUUACACGAUCAGACAGAGAACUUUGAAGGGACCUGUCAUUCUUGGAGGUCAUGAGGUGGGUAUUGCUUGUUAAUCUUUAAAUUCGUAAUUUUUUAGGUAAAAAUUUAACUGGCCUAUUUUUAGUUUCCACCAAGCCUUUUGUACACUUUGGCCAUCAUCGUCUGUAUUCCUUUGUUUGCUAUGGCCGAUGUUGGUAAUGUCAUGUACUGGGUCAUUGGUAAGUUCUUUUUUUAUUUUUUUAUUUCAUUUUAGGCAUGUUAACAGUAAAAGUUAAGUCGAUACUGGCUGGUAUAAUCAGUGGAGAGCCCUACGAGAGUAAAAGAACCCUCCGGAGAUAUACUCUUCCAAUAAAAAUUCGUAUUUUAUAUAUAUCAGUAACUUAUUUGAUACCCUACGACAUUGUAACCCUAUGACUUUCAGGCUCGUCCAUCUUCUUGAUCUUCCUUCAUGCUACAUUGUACGAAUCCGAGGAAGUUCCAGGCUCCGAGUUCGAGGUGAUUACUGUACAAUAA